AUGUCCGCAGUCAGCCUGCUACGAUCGUUCGUCAUCGAGCGACUAAGUGCCGCGGAUGAGGAGAUAGUAGGAGCUUUCGAGAGGGCGGUGGUGGCGCGCGAGGAGGAGAUGGCUCGACAGAGGAGGCUGCUGGACUUGGUGCUGAAGCCCAGUAUCCCGCUACGCAGAAUAGACUUUGUACAGUUAUCUGAUCAGCAGCAUCGUGAGCAGGAGAGGAGCUCCAGUCUGGUCAAGCAGGAACAACAGAAACUCAUGAUCAGUCCACAAGAAGACCAACUUCCAUUGCAGGAGGUAGCUUAUACUUUUGAGUCCACAUUUACCCCUCUUUGUGAUGGAAAUGAUCAUGGUAAUGAUCAGCCUCUGCCCUCGCAACUCUACCAAACCCAGACAGAGGGAGACACAGAGCCCCCAGCUGUCACCUCAUUUGAGCCGAUACAACUGGAUUCCAAAGAAGACAAGUUUUUGAUAUCAGAACCAACAAGUGACCACCAUACCCUCUCUAACUGCUGUCAUGUAACUAAGAGUGAAGCUGACCAUACUUGCAGUCGCCAGAACAGUGAGGAAGCAGGUUCAACUCUGAAAGAAAGGCUGAAACCCCACAAAAAGCCCCACAACAAGUGCAAGAUUUGUGGCAAAGUGCUUUAUAAUUUGGAAGUUUUCAAAAUUCACAUGGCAUUUCACACAGGGGAAAAGCCUUUCAAAUGUGCCACUUGUGGGAGAGACUUUACCUGGAAGUAUAAUAUGGAGAGGCAUACAAGGACUCACGCAGGGGAGAAACCAUUCAGAUGCAGCACGCGUGGGAAAUUGUUUACCCGUAAGUCAAAUUUACAAAGGCACAUAAGGUCUCAUACAGGGGAGAAGCCAUUCAGGUGCAGCACAUGCGGGAAAAUGUUUACCUGGAAGUCAAGUUUACAAAGGCACGUAACGUCUCAUACAGGGGAGAAGCCAUUCACAUGCACCACGUGUGGGGAUAUGUUUACCUGGAAGUCAAGUUUACAAAGGCACAUAAGGACUCAUGCAGGGGAGAAGCCAUUCAGAUGCACCACGUGCGGGGAUAUGUUUACCCAUGAGUCAAAUUUUCAAAGGCACGUAAGGACUCAUACAGGGGAGAAGCCAUUCAGAUGCACCACAUGCGGGAAAAUGUUUAACAAGAAGUCAAAUUUUCAAACGCACGUAAGGACUCAUACAGGGGAGAAGCCAUUCAGAUGCACCACGUGUGGGAAAAUGUUUACCCAGAAGUCAGAUUUACUAAGGCACAUGAGGACUCAUACAGGGGAGAAGCCAUUCAGAUGCACCACAUGCGGGAAAAUGUUUACCCGCAAGUCAAAUUUACAAAGGCACAUAAGGACUCAUACAGUGAAGAAGCCAUUCAGAUGCACCACGUGCGGGAAAAUUUUUACCCAGAAGUCAGAUUUACUAAGGCACGUAAGGUCUCAUACAGAAGAGAAGCCAUUCAGAUGCACCACGUGCGGGAAAAUGUUUGCCCAGAUGUCAAAUUUACAAAUGCACGUAAGGACUCAUACAGGGGAGAAGCCAUUCAGAUGCACCACAUGCGGGAAAAUGUUUACCCAGAAGUCAGAUCUACUAAGGCACGUAAGGACUCAUAAGCAAGGGAGAAGCCAUUCGGGUGCUGCGAUUGUGGAAAUGAGUUCAGCUCAAAAUGGCAUCUAA